UAUUUCUCUGGGUUUCUGCCCAGCGCCAGCGCGCUUUAAGACAGAGGCUCCGAGCGCACAGAACCGGUAUCCAGUAUGAGUCUCCGGUGCUCCCAAACCAUCCCUGCGGUUGUGCUACUGAUACUGGCACUGGUUGGGAUCCUGCUUCUUGUCCUUCCGGCAAAAGAGGUGAAGACUCCUCCUGAAAACAUGUAUGGAAUCAUUCUGGAUGCAGGCUCAUCCCAUACCUCCAUGUACAUCUACAAAUGGCCUGCUGACAAGCAAAAUGGCACUGGUAUUGUGACCGAGCAUAGCAAGUGUCAUGCAAAAGGUGGGGGGAUAUCCAGCUAUGCAGGUGUUCGUGGUGGUGCAGCAGAAAGUCUUAAAGCGUGUCUGGAGCAAGCUGUGAAGGAUAUCCCCAAAUCCAGGCACCACCAAACUCCAUUGUAUCUGGGAGCUACUGCAGGCAUGAGGCUCUUAAAAAAAGACAAUGCCACAGAGUCAGAUCGCAUCUUGAAGGAAGUGGGAAGCAAAUUGCAGUCUUACCCUUUCAAAUUCAAAGAGGCAGUCAUCCUGAGUGGGCAGCAGGAGGGGGCCUAUGGCUGGGUCACAGUCAAUUACUUACAUGAAAACUUUGCCAAGUACGGUUUUAUUGGACGGUGGCUGAACCCAGGUACAGAGACGACUGGAGCUUUGGAUUUAGGUGGAGCUUCCACCCAGAUUACUUUUGAGACCCCGGAAAAGGUGGAGGACAGUGAUAAUAUGAUGGAGCUGAGGCUUUAUGGACAAAACUACAGACUAUACACCCAGAGCUUCCUGUGCUAUGGCCAAGACCAGUUCCUUAUAAAACUGAUGGCUCAUCUUAUCACGACUCAAGGUGUGAAGCCCCGAGUGUACCACCCCUGCUAUCCCAAACGGUUCAACACAUCUAUCAAGCUGGGGAAGGAUGUCUUUGAUUCUCCGUGUAUGGAGAACUACAGACCACCACGGUUUGACCCCCAGAUGUCUGUAACAGUAAUCGGCACAGGAGAUUACCAGAACUGCCUGGCCAAUAUAGAAAAGAUGUUCUCCUUUGACAGCUGCUCUUUCUCUAAGUGCUCCUUUGAUGGAGUCUCCCAGCCCAGUGUGAGAGGAAGCUUCAUGGCAUUUUCUGCCUUCUUCUUCACUCACAGAUACAUCAGCAGCCUCAGCAACAUCACUAUCAGCUCUCCCAGGCACAUGGAGGCAGCAAUCCGACAUGUCUGCAACAUGACCAUCUCUGAGAUGACUAAAAAGACAAACCAGUCAGAGAAAUACAUGAAGAAUGUCUGCGCCGUCUCCAAUUUCAUCCAGGUCCUUUUAAUGCGGGGCUACGGUUUCAAUGAGUUCUCCCUUCCUUCCAUCUCUUUUCAGGAAAAGGUAGGAGGCACAUCUGUAGGCUGGGCUUUGGGAUACAUGCUUAGUCUCAGCAACAUGGUACCAGCAGAGAGCUUUGGACUGAUGAAGGCUCUGCCUUCAGGGCCCUGGGCUGGCAUCCUCUUCCUCUUUAUCACCCUCCUCCUCAUUGCAGUGGGAUACCUUCUGAUAAUCUACAGAAACACAAGAACUGGAGGAGGCAUGGUGUAAGAGCAAAGGUGAUACGCCUCUCAGUCCAUUCAUGUUCAUGUAGUCUCAUUUGAAAAAAACUUUUUUGUUGCAAUUUAUUGUGAAAUGAUCAGUAGUAAAGUAGUAAUAAAUAUAUUGUCUUUGCAAAUUUACCUUAUUUGCUUGUGGAGACUCAAAUGUCAAAAUGUGUAAAAUGAAAUUAAACAAUCAUGUUUUUUGUA